AAGAAGUCACAUAGAUAUGGCAGCCCAGAUAUUUUGUGAAGACAGGUCCACAGCCACUCAUCCGCAGCAAGCACAUUGCUCCCACGACCGAUUCCUCCAUCCCUGCAGCGAGUACGGAGUACUCCCAUCUCUUGCAGAACCCGCUCCCUGAGGAUAAAGGAAAAACAGAGCGGCCAUGGCUUGUAUGCAGCAUACAAAUGUAAAUGGCACCAUUUUAUGCAAAAAUGGUGCCAUUUCUGUGGCGGGUAUUUCUGCUUUUCCGCUGUCAAUGCCCAGAACCGGAAACAUUGAAGGUUUGUUGAAAAAAAGGGUCAUCUCAAGAAGCUUAUCAACAAAGGAAACUACCCUCUUUCCAAGGAAUAGAUCCUACAACUUGAUUCCAAAGAAAGUAAUCUCUACAAUCCCCAGAAGCGGCAGCUCCAACAAUUCUAGCGAGAGAAAAGAUGAAUCCUCUAACCAGGAAAAGACACCGUUUGGAUACACAAGGAAGGAUGUUCUAUUGAUUGGACUUGGAGUUACAAUAGCUGGGAUUGGCUUAAAAAGUGGACUGGAGUUCUUCGGAGUUGAUCCCUUACAAGCAGGCAAUGUUGUUCAGUUGGUGCUGGUGCUAGGCUUGACAAUUGGAUGGAUUUCGACUUACAUCUUUAGAGUCUCAAACAAGGAAAUGACAUAUGCUCAACAGUUACGUGACUAUGAAAGCAAAGUCAUGGAGAAACGAUUGGAGAGCUUAACUGAAGCAGAGUUGGAAGCGUUGCUCGAACAGGUUGAGGAAGAGAAGAGACGCCUGGGUAGCGGUGAGCAGGUGAACUGAACCUCCAACACCAUUCCUUGAUCUCCAAAUGGAAAUACUCGGGCAGUAAUAGAAGCAGAUGCUCAAAUUUGCUCGGAAAUCAUCAUAGUUUGAACCUGAAAGAACAGCCCCAGCUGAUGCUGCUGAUCCCCUUUUGAUCAUCCAUUUGUAUAUGGUUACCAGGCUUCAUGAAGCCCAUAACUUGUUUAGUAAUUACAUACUGAGAAGAAGGGGCAUAGAUCUGUACCCCAUGUAUAAUGACCCAUCUGGAUAGAUAAAAGUGAAUGGCAAUUAUCCUUUUCCUCAA